AUGAAUGACGAACAAGGCCAGCGCAUCAUUCAGAGGCUUGACCCCUCGAAAGAUAACCGCAUCCAGAACUUUGGAGGAGUCAUGUUCUGGGGUACGAAUAUCGAGUCGGGCCCCAGAAAACCGAACCAUCCCACGUUUUGUGACAAGUUCCCUCACAAGACAAAUACCGGAAGGUUUGUUUGGGAAUGCGGCUGGCAUGACUCCGAUAAGGCGGUGGACAACAUCAUCGUGAACUACUUCCUGAUGAUGCAGAACGGGGUCCUCUGGUCGCAUGUUGAGGGUGCACCGAAUGAGUACAUGUGUCGCGCAUGCGUCAACGACAAGCCGGAAAGUUUCAAUACGUAUGAUUUGGAUGACUUUGAUGCUCAUUUCUCUAAGAAACAUGUUGUCGAGCCCAAAAGUCUGGAUGAUUCUAUCAAGAGUUCGUAUGGGCAGUAUUUAGGACCACGUCCGGGCUAUAACCAUUACCCUUGA